AUGUUUAGUAAUCGUGAAGCACGUAAAAAUACCUUUGCUGUCAUUAGAGACAUCAGUGUUUUCGGUUUGGCUACUACUUUUUUCGCUACUCAAGGUCAUUUGGUUUCAAAGAUUGAUGAUCUUUUAAAGUUGAUUUAUGAAGAUUAA